AUUUAGUAAUACUCAGCUACAAAAGAUAGUAGUUUUCUUGUAUAUAAUAUUAGAAUUAACAAAAACUUAUUAUUUCCUUCAUAUUAAAUUACUUCUGAGUUGGUUAUAAUUGUGUCUUAAUUGUUGGUAGAUGAAGAUACUUAUCCUAUUUGAAUUGUUCUAUUCAUAGACAUUCGACUAUUCUCUUUCUCUUACAAAUUCGAUACCUUACAUAAAAAAAACAAUAAUCACGAGAUUGUACCUCAAAAAGUAUGGACGAUAGAGAUGAGAAAGAACACAAGGACCAAUUUCUAUCUGAAGAAUCAAUUGAGAACUUGAAGAAUUCGACUCAUAAUGAAAUGAUGAAUGUCUUCCAAACGAAAAUUGGAGAAUUAAUUCAAAAGGAGCCUCUGCUUCAAGAUAUACCAGUAUCAAUAACUGCUGAUGAGGUACAGUCAUUAAUAGACUUAGAGCAUGGUGAGGCUAUAAACAUUUUCGUAAAAAAACUGGAUGGAAAGCGGAAAAUUAUCGUCGUCCCACUGAAUGGUAAAGUUAAAGAUAUAAAAACAGGUAUUAAAAAGCAAACACUAUUGGAAUUACAGAAAGCCGGUUCAGUACAUAUAAGUUGGAAAUACGUAUGGAAAAGGUAUUGGCUAAUUCAUGAAGGACAAAAGCUAAUUGACGAUAAUCAUCCAAUUUCUCAGAUUCUUAACUUUAAUACUGUUGCUGGCAAAACCUCUGCCUCAGAACCCCAAUGGAAGGUACUCAUUUACGACGACUGGGGUCAAGAUAUAAUAUCUCCGUUAUUUAGUGUAAAAGAGUUAAGAGACUUAGGUGUAACGUUACAUUUCCCUAUAUCGAGAGCGAAAUUGGAAACGAUAGCCUCCAGGUCUUUUACUGCUGAUAAUGCACAAGCCAUUACCUCCGUAAUGGAUCAAUAUAUUCAAUUUAUCUGUAUAGAAGAUGAAAUGUUUAUUGCAAAGCAUAGAGAAAGUCAUAAUUUGUCCUAUUAUGGUCUUCAUAAGUCAAAUAUGACAGACAGUCAGAUGAAGCAAAUUCUCGAAACCUUAGCGGAUACCCUAUUCUCUGUUCUCGUUUCUAAAGGCCAGGUACCAAUAAUACAAUGUUCAACAGGAAAUGCCGCUGAACAAUUGGCCGAAUUAUUGGAUAGAAAACUCAGGGAUCAAAUGAAAGACGCAAGGGCUCAUAUGUUCGCAGGAGGUGGAUUAGAUGUUUCCCUUUUAUAUCGACCACUUCUUGUAAUAUUAGAUAGGGAUGUUGACUUAGCAACACCACUCCAUCAUACAUGGACCUAUCAAGCGCUUGUUCACGAUGUUUUAAAUCUUUCUUUAAAUAGUGUUAAAAUAAAAGAAAAAAACUUCAAUCUUGAUAGCAAAAAUGAUAGUUUAUGGAAAAAGCAGAGAGGUUCACCUUUUCCCGAAGUAGCACAAGUUGUGCAAGAAGAAUUAGAAAGAUGCAAAUCAAGUGAAGAAGAAAUUAAGAGGUUGAAAUCUGCUAUGGGACUUGAAGGUGAAGACGUUGAUGGUACAACAGCUAGGCUUUCAAUGGCUGUUACGUCACUCCCGGAAAUUCUUGCUAGAAAAAGAACGGUUGAUAUGCACAUAGAUAUUGCCGCUUCCUUAUUAGAACAAAUCAAAGAGCGUAAACUAGACACGUUCUUUGAGAUGGAGGAAAAAUUAUUGAGUAAAUCAUCUUCAUUAGGAGAUAAAAGUCUGCUGGAUAUUUUAAAAGACCCGAACGCUGGUACUCCUGAAGAUAAAGUACGACUAUUCAUUAUAAGCUUACUUUGCACAAAAGAGAAUAUAUCAGAAAGUGAUAUGAACAAUUACUAUGAAAUUUUACAGGCAGCUAAUUGUGAUUUAGCACCUGUAAAAUAUAUAAGACGCUGGAAGGCCUACACAAAUAUAACUAUGGCUGCCGCUGCUUACGGUGGUUCCGAUCAUUUUGGGACUCGUACCGAUUCUAUGUUUUCUAAAUUGUUAGGAAAGGCAUCGAAAUUUGCGAUGGAAGGGGUUAAAAAUUUGGUUGUUGACAAACAUAAUUUAUUAGUAACGAAGAUAGUAGACGCCUUAAUGGACUUGAAGUCAACACCUGAAACUGAUAAUUUCAGAUAUUUCGAUCCUAAAAUACUCCGUGUAACCGAUCCGACAAGUAUUCAAAGAACCAGAACUCCUUUUCAAGAAGCAGUUGUUUUUAUCGUAGGUGGUGGAAAUUACAUCGAAUAUCAGAAUUUAAUAGACUAUUGCAAGUCUAAAAAAGCAAAUAGUGGAAUUAAGAAAUCAAUAAUCUACGGAUGCUCAGAUUUAGUGGAUGCCACUCAAUUUGUUUCACAGUUAGCAUUUUUAGGAAAGGAGCAAUAA